UCCCUGCUGCUCUCCCCGGAGCCUGCGCAUGAGCACCGCAUCGCGCCUCCCGCCCUUCCCUCCUUUCCCUCCUCCUCCCCGUUCUUCUGCUCCAGCUCCGCGAGGGCCCAGCCGCCGCUCCGCGCCCCGCCCCGCCCCGGGAAUGCGCUGCUCGGCGGCCGCGGAGCGGGAUGGAGGUGGAGGAGGCGUUCCCGCUGGUGGGGCAGAUGGGCCCCUACCAGGUGUACCUGUGCGUCCUGCUGGCCGUGCUCCUCCAGCUCUAUGUGGCCACUGAAGCCAUCCUCAUCGCAUUGGUGGGUGCAACUCCUCCCUACCACUGGGAUCUCCAAGGGCUCUCAGCUAAUCAGAGCCAUGGCAACCAUUCAGUGAGCGAGCAGGGAGCUUUUGGGGAAUGGCUUCUGACUGCCAACGGCAGCGAGGUGCGUAAGCACGUACACUUCGGCAGCAGCUUCACAUCCAUAGUCUCUGAGUGGUUUUUAAUUGGCAAUACAUCCUACAAAGUCAGUGCUGCCAGUUCUUUCUACUUCAGUGGUGUGUUUGUUGGAGCCAUCUCCUUUGGGCAGCUGUCCGAUCGCUUCGGGAGGAAGAAAGUCUAUCUCACAGGUUUUGCCCUUGACAUCUUGUUUGCCAUUGCAAACGGAUUCUCACCCUCAUAUGAAUUCUUUGCUGUUUCCCGAUUCUUGGUAGGGAUGAUGAAUGGUGGGAUGUCACUGGUAGCCUUUGUUCUACUGAAUGAGUGUGUGGGUACAGCCUACUGGGCAUUAGCAGGUUCUAUUGGUGGCUUGUUCUUUGCUGUUGGAAUUGCCCAGUAUGCUUUAUUAGGGUAUUUCAUUCGUUCCUGGAGGACUCUGGCUGUUGUGGUUAAUCUGGAAGGAACAGUCGUCUUUCUCCUCUCUCUAUUCAUUCCCGAGUCCCCCCGCUGGCUCUAUUCCCAGGGCCGACUGAACGAGGCAGAAGAUGCCCUCUACCUCAUUGCAAAGAGGAACCGCAAGCAGAAAUGCACUUUUUCAUUAAAACUCCCAGCAGAGAGGAGCUCCAGAGAGGCUGGCAGCUUUCUGGACCUGUUCCGAUACAGGAUUCUCCUGGGACGCACCUUGAUCAUGAUGUUCACCUGGUUUGUGUGCAGCUUGGUUUACUAUGGUCUUACCCUUAAUGUGGGUGACUUAGGCGGAAGUAUUUAUGCCAAUUUAGCCCUGUCAGGCUUGAUAGAAAUCCCAGCGUACCCAAUCUGUAUUUACUUGAUUAACCAAAAAUGGUUUGGUCGGAAACGAACGUUGAGUGCAUUUCUGUUCCUGGGAGGAUUGGCUUGUCUUAUUGUCAUGUUUCUGCCUAAGAAGAGAGAUACUGGAGUGUUUGCAGUGGUGAAUAGUCGCUCUCUGUCUUUGCUGGGAAAACUGACAAUCAGUGCUGCUUUUAAUAUUGUCUACAUCUACACAUCAGAACUUUAUCCCACAGUCAUAAGGAAUGUUGGAAUGGGUGCCUGCUCCAUGUUUUCCCGUGUUGGUGGAAUCAUUGCGCCUUUUGUCCCUUCAUUGAAAUCUGUACAGUGGUCUCUGCCUUACAUUGUGUUUGGAGCAACUGGUCUGUUGUCUGGGCUCUUAAGCUUGUUGUUGCCAGAGACCUUAAACAGUCCUUUGCUAGAAACUAUUUCAGACCUGCAAGUGUGCUCCUACUGGAGGCUGGGUGAUGAAGCCAUGUCACUGCAAGCCCUAGAUGGCUCACAGUGUGGAGACAAAGACAGCUCUGCAGGGAGUGGAAGUGAAGAUGAGGAGUUCUAUGAUGCUGAUGAAGAGACUCACAUGAUCAAGUAAUGAAAA